AUGGAGUUCACUCCCCAACAGACGGAUGCUCAGAGAGCUUACGAUGACCUGGAUGAGACCAGCUCUUUUGAAGAUGUGGAUGGUGAGAGCCGUACCGGCAUCACUGUGUCGAUUGUCGCCAGAAGUUUACACGACGGCAUCUACGCUUCCCUCGAGGAAAUCCCAUGGGGCGAGGUGGAGAUGACUCUUCCUGAAUGCGAUAUCAUGGGUAAGAGCGUAGAAGAUGAGUCAAAGACGUCUGUUCAAUUCAACGUCACCGUGUCAGAGACGAACCCUGACGAGAGGAAGUCUCUGCGUUCCCAAGCCUCGCUGGAGCAAUCCCAAAACACCAUAUCUGAGAUAGAUAACACCAUAAGCAACGGUAGCAUCAACAUACCGAGCUAUGUGAUCAAACUGGGAUCAACCGCAACUAUUACUUGCGAGCUGAACAAUUACCUACCGCCGAACAGCAAAAUAGACUGGUAUAAGGGCACGUCACAGGUGACGACCUGCCCUGGGAAGCUGGACAGAAUCAGCCACGAUCUUCUUGAAGUGCUGAUCAUAAACAAUAUUGAAAUGGAGGACAACGAGCUGUACAGCCUGAAGGUUAACGAUGACAUCUUCCCGGUGGCCUAUUUGAUUGUGGAAGCGCCAUCAACAGAGGAUAUUGGCGCGACCAUUCUCACUCCUCCCCAAACUCAGUUCGUCAUGGAAGGACAGCCGACGGUGCUGAUGUGCCAAGUGAGCCAUCCAAACCAAGAAGUCGUUUGGUUGAAGGACCGGAAACCACUAAAGGAGACCGCGCGCUUACAGCUGGAGAACUCUGGGGACGGAUGGAGCCGUGUGAUGUUCUCGCAGACCCGGAUGUCCGAUCAGGGCACAUAUUUCGCAUUUCUCGGCGAGCAGAGCGUGGCUAUCACCCUCGUCGUUGAA